UUUUUUUUUUACAAGUUUCAUAUAAAAUCUCAUUUAUAUAUAGAUAUAUUUCAUACUUAUGACAACUUCAUCGACUCAGAAUGCUAUAUUGGAAUUGAAUGCACAGUACUUGGAGAAUACAUCUAUCAUUCACUCACUCGAAACAAAACUAAAACAAGGUUUACAAGAAUUAACGCUACCCCAGGAAGAAUUCACCUUUGCUAUUGAAUUUAUUGAAGACCAUGUGACACUGUUUCGAUUCUUAAAGGACUCUGAUUUUAACGAAGAUCUUGCUUAUGAGCGUUUGUUAGACACCAUACUUUGGCGCAAGGAAAUCAAGAUUAACGAGUUAAGAUGGGAUACCAUUCAUACCAGCUUUUAUCGUCAAAGUCAAAAUGCAUUUGCCUUUUUCCACAAACAAGAUCGGCUUGAUCGACCGAUUGCUGUUAUUCGCAUGCGACACUUUCCAAACUUUGGUGACCAAACGUUAGCUGAAACUAUACCACCUUUUGCCUGUCUAGUUAUGGAAAUGGCUCGAAAAUGGACACGAGAUCUGACCCGGCGAAACGAACAACUCAGACUAGAAGGUUCAAAUACAAAGGAUUUGACUGUUUUGGUGUCACAGAUUGUAGUUAUUAUUGAUAUCUCUAAAUCACCCAUGGUACCAUUAGAAAAACGACUGAUACAAGAAUUACGAAUGUUAACUGAUGAUCGAUUCCCUGGAUUUAUUGGAUCUGUCUAUAUUAUGAAUUUUGGUUGGAUGUAUCAAGGUUUAUGGCAAAUGGUCAAGCUAAUGUUAUCUGAAAGGGCAAAAAGUAAAAUAAACUUUCCAUCGGCCAAUGAAGUGAAGGAAUAUAUAAGCGAAGAAAACUUAUUACAAGAAUUGGGUGGGGAUGAUGAUUACGAAUGGACUUUGGACAACGAUAUUAUACUACAACAAUAUGGAAAUGGAUGGGAAAAGGAACCAAAAUCACCUUUGAUAACUGAAGAUUUUGCAACCAUCCGACCAACUCGAAGCUUAUCACUAUCCUCCUAUGCAUCUGAUGACUUUUAUGAUGCGCCUGAAUCACCAUUUGUAGAGAUUGAUCGAGAACAACCAAUUAUGGGGAAAACACCAAGUGGAUAUUCAAGUCUUUAUGGUACACCAGGCUCAUUAACACCUAUUGGUAUUCGAUCACCUUCUCAAUGGCCAUCUACCUCUCAGUCAUUAUUUCCAAUAUCUUCAUCAACAAAUCAAUACUUUCGACUCAAUGGCAUUCAUUUACCAUCCUUUCUUUCGUCAUUUUUUGGAACAAAUAUCAAUACUGCAACGACAACAGAGGAAUUGGAUCAUUCUAAUAAUAGCGUAUGUGGAGUGGACUUGACUUAUCGACUUACCAAUAUAGCCAUUGAACAACAACAACAACUUGAAAAUAAUAUUGAAGCGGUAGUGAUGGUUGAAAAACGAACAAUUGAACGACAUGAACCACAUUUUCCUCAUUUACUACCAGCAAAUGAUCCUCAAUCAACUUAUGCCAAUGCUCCUUUGAAAUUACAACUACGUCGAUCUGAACAACGCCUGGUGCGAAUUACACGAAGACUUUUUCGACUAUCAUUUGCUUACAAUGGUACUUUCUAUUGGAUACUUUUAUAUAUCUUUUUACGUGGACCUGUGGAACAUUCGAUGAAACAAUUUUUGGCCAAAAUUUUGAAGAAUCCAAGGACUAUUACUUAUACUACAGUUGGAUUGACUGCAUCAAUGGCUGCUGGAUUAAGUGCAUCUUUAUCUUCUUCUUUAGGUCAUUAGUUUAUCCCCUUAUUAUAUUUUUCUUUUAUUGCAUUUCUCAUUUAUUUAUUUAUUUUUUUGUAACAUAAUAUUCAUAUUUCACUCCCUUUGUUAUCACACUUAUGUACAUUCAAUUCCCG